UGACAGGGUUCUCUCUGGGAUGGAGGUGGCAGGCUCAGACAAACUCCUCACUCAAGGUCAGGGCUUCAACUUGCUGCUCUCCUUUACUACACGGGAGCGAUCGUCUCACUAAAUGGGAGAACUGGAGUCUGACAAUGAGCUUUUGGAAUAUUCUGAAAUGGAAGAGAAUGAUACAGUUGAUGCCAAGAGUAAAUGGAGAAGGUUUUGGAAGAGUUGCAUUGAUCAUCCUGGAACUGGUUGUUCAUCUUCAGGCUACGAGAAGGCUGAUGAUGAGAUGUCUGGAACGACUUCCGCAGAGUUGGAUCAAGCAGGCCGAGUUAUCAAUAUCAAUCUGCCUCAGAUAACUAAAUUCUGCGACAACCACGUCAGCACAGCAAAAUACAGCGUGAUAACAUUUGUGCCUCGCUUCUUGUAUGAACAGAUCAGAAGAGCUGCAAAUGCUUUCUUUCUUUUCAUAGCCUUAUUACAACAAAUUCCAGAUGUCUCCCCCACAGGAAGAUACACAACUUUGAUGCCACUUAUCUUCAUCCUCACAGUUGCUGGCAUUAAAGAAAUUAUUGAAGAUUAUAAAAGGCAUAAGGCUGAUAAUAAUGUCAACAAGAAGAAAACUAAAGUUUUAAGAAAUGGCAAGUGGAAGACCAUUAUUUGGAAAGAGGUGGCAGUGGGGGACAUUGUGAUGGUGACCAAUGGACAGCGUCUCCCAGCUGAUAUGAUUAUUAUCUCCACCAGUGAACCACAGGCAAUGUGUUACAUUGAAACAUCCAACCUGGACGGGGAAACAAAUCUCAAAGUACGACAGGGAUUACCCAUAACGGCUAAUAUUCUGUCCGUUGCAGAUUUAGUGAAAAUGACUGGGAGUUUAGAAUGUGAUGGGCCCAACCGGCAUCUCUAUGACUUCACUGGCAAUCUCCACAUUGGGAACAAUGGUCCUGUUCCUGUUGGACCUGAUCAAAUUCUGUUGAGAGGAGCACAGCUGAGGAACACUCAAUGGAUUCAAGGGCUUGUGGUCUAUACUGGACAUGACACUAAACUUGUGCAGAACUCUACUAAAGCACCCUUGAAGAGAUCCAAUGUUGAAAGGGUUACAAAUAUACAGAUACUGGUUCUCUUCUGCAUUCUAGUGGCCAUGGCUUUGAUUAGUGCUGCAGGCGCUGAGAUUUGGAACAAGAAACACAGUAAUUCAGACUGGUACCUGAGCUUAAUUGGUACUGACACAGCUAAUUUUGGGUACAACCUUCUUACCUUCAUCAUUCUCUAUAACAACCUCAUUCCAAUCAGUCUGCUUGUAACAUUGGAAGUUGUCAAAUUUACCCAAGCACUCUUCAUUAACUGGGAUAUGGAUAUGUACCAUCCAGAAACAGAUAUGCCUGCAAUGGCCAGAACCUCUAAUCUGAACGAAGAACUUGGCCAGGUCAAGUACAUAUUUUCAGACAAAACUGGCACCUUAACCUGUAACAUCAUGCAGUUCAAAAAAUGUUCCAUUGCUGGCAUUACAUAUGGUCAUUAUCCAGAUUCAGAUACCGAACGCUCUUCUGAUGAUUUGGGACAUUUUGCUUUCUCCAAGGAUUCUUUGGAAUUUGAUGAUCCAACAUUGUUAGACAACAUCCUUAGUGAGCAUCCAACAUCUGGUGAGAUCCGGGAGUUUCUCAUUAUGAUGGCAAUUUGCCACACAGUUGUCCCUGAGAGAGAUGGAAAUGACAUUUAUUACCAGGCUUCAUCACCAGAUGAAAACUCAUUGGUUAAAGCUGCAAAGCAGUUUGGAUUCAUCUUCACUGGAAGAACACCUGAUUCUGUCAUUAUAGAAGCUAUGGGAGAAGAGCAGACCUAUGAGCUGCUUAAUGUCCUGGAAUUUUCCAGCACCAGGAAAAGAAUGUCAGUGAUUGUUAAGAUUCCAUCAGGAAAGAUUCGGCUGUAUUGUAAAGGGGCAGAUGAUGUCAUUUUUGAAAGACUAUCUGACUCAUCAAAACACAGAGGUCAGACAUUAAAUCACCUUGAACAGUUUGCCACAGAAGGUUUAAGGACUUUAUGCUUUUCAUAUACUGACCUCGAAUUGAAUGACUAUGAGCAGUGGGUACAGAUUUAUAACAAAGCCAGUAUAGCUCUUCAGAACAGAACCACAAAAUUGGAGGAAUCCUAUGAACUCAUAGAAAAGAAUCUGCUGCUACUUGGAGCAACUGCUAUUGAAGAUCGUCUUCAGAAUGGAGUACCUGAAACCAUAGCAACACUAAUGAAAGCUGAUAUCAAAAUAUGGGUUCUGACAGGCGAUAAGCAAGAAACUGCAAUCAAUAUUGGUUAUUCUUGCAAACUUGUGUCCCAAAGUAUGUCACUAUUAAUAGUGAAUGAAGAUUCUUUAGAUGCAACUAGGGAAACACUUACUCACCAUUGUGAGGACCUAGGUGAGUCCUUGAACAAAGAGAACGAGCUUGCCCUAAUUAUAGAUGGGCACACUUUGAAAUACGCACUGUCUUUUGAAGUCCGUCGUUCGUUUUUAGAUCUGGCUUUGUCUUGUAAAGCUGUCAUCUGCUGCAGAGUUUCUCCUCUUCAAAAGUCUGAAAUAGUAGACAUGGUGAAAAAUCAUGUUAAUGCUAUCACCCUGGCCAUCGGAGAUGGAGCUAAUGAUGUGGGGAUGAUUCAGACUGCACAUGUUGGAGUGGGGAUUAGUGGCAAUGAAGGCCUACAAGCCACUAACUCAUCUGAUUACUCUAUAGCACAGUUUUCAUAUUUAGAAAAACUUUUAUUAGUCCAUGGAGCCUGGAGUUAUAUCCGUGUGACAAAGUGCAUCCUUUACUGUUUUUACAAAAAUGUGGUGCUAUACAUAAUAGAGCUUUGGUUUGCAUUUGUCAAUGGAUUUUCAGGACAAAUUCUCUUUGAGCGAUGGUGUAUUGGUCUCUACAAUGUAAUUUUUACAGCCUUACCUCCCUUCUCAUUGGGUAUUUUUGAAAGGACAUGUAGUCAAGAGAACAUGCUACGAUUUCCGCAGCUGUAUAAGAUUACUCAAAAUGCAGAUUGUUUUAAUACAAAGGUUUUCUGGGCUCAUUGUAUAAAUGCCUUGGUGCAUUCCAUCAUCCUUUUCUGGUUUCCACUAAAGGCACUUGAACAAGAUUCAGUAUUUAUGAGCGGACAAGUUAUGGACUAUUUAUUUCUCGGAAAUAUUGUUUAUACAUAUGUCGUUGUAACUGUGUGUUUGAAAGCUGGCUUUGAGACAACAGCAUGGACAAAGUUCAGUCACUUGGCUGUUUGGGGUAGUAUAUUGAUGUGGUUGGCGUUUUUAGGAGUCUACUCAGCCAUCUGGCCCACCAUCCCAAUUGCACCAGAUAUGCUUGGACAGGCUGGUGUGAUGGUAAAAUGUGCGACAUUCUGGCUUGGUUUGUUCGUUGUCCCCAUUGCGUGCCUGCUAAAAGAUGUAGUUUGGAGAGCAGGCUGGCAUUCUUACCGGAAAACUUUGCUGGAAGAGGUUCAGGAACUGGAAGCUCGAUCUCAAGAUCCAUCAAAAGCGGUACUACGUGGUAUCAGUACGAAGAGUCUGAAUGAACGUGCUUAUCUGUUAAAAAGAGUGUUUAGGAAAACCCCUUCAAACCUCGUCCGGACCCAUUCUGCUCAUGGUCUGUCACAUGGCUAUGCGUUUUCUCAAGAGGAACAUGGUGUGGUUUCACAGAGUGACAUGGUCCGAUCCUAUGACACCACCAAACAGAAAUUUGUAGCAGAUUGAAUAGUGUCAAGUUCCUCAAGUAUUGAACUGAUAUAAAUUUUUAUCAGACAUUUGAGCGUGCUGACCGUAUUCAGCAUCAGCCAAUGAAAAAAAUGAAUUCCUCUUUUCUGUGGCCUUAGCCUAAUAGCUUGACUUAACUUUCAUUCUCGCACUGACAUCAGAGAUCUAAUGCUGUACCUAAACUAAUACUGUGUUGCUGUUCUGAUCAGAUUCUAAUAAUGUAAAAUUGUGGGUGCUUGUGAACAAAAUUGUUUAAAACAGUAUCAUAUCUUAUGUGGAGCAGAAUGGAACUGUCAACUCUCCGACCCUCAACCCCCUUCCCAGUAUGCAAAGUGAGAAAUAUCUUUAAUUUUAUUUGAAAUUGGAGGAUGAGGUGGGUGAGACAAUUAUAUGUUGAACUGAUUUGACUUUCAUAAGCUGAGAAUUGUUCUGCAUUCACCUUCGGUCAUGCAGCUUCAUAGGGGAAAGUCAUGAUUGCAUAGGCUCCCCCUGAAAGGCACUGCCUGCAUGAGACCUAAUGAUUAUUAUAAAAUGAAAGCCCGAAAACAGCUCUCCAACUUGAAAUAAUAAAAAUGGCAACAGACCUAUUCAGCCAUACCUCAAUAAGGCUGUCAAAAUGAGUAAAUGUCUGGGACUUAUAUUUUUUAAACAUUUUGGUGAGUCUAUUCGAUGUUUGUGUAAAAAAUCUCAUGUCUGAUAAUAUUCCACAGCAGCAUUUCUAUGUAACAUUCAAAUUAUUAAUGCAGAAAAAUCCUUUGCUUUAGAUUAGUCAUUUCGUGAUUCAGUAAAUUGGUGUCCUGGGAUAAGGAGAUGAGUGUUCACCAAUAGUAUCUCAUGCAAUAUUCACCUGAUUUCAACUUCCUUCCUGGAGAGAGAAUGAGCUGAGAGCAGGUGUUUCUCUUCCACACCUGAGCACCGAUGUAGACUACUCUGACACCUAGCCAGUUACAGUAGUUCAUUGCCAGAGAUUUUGCAUUAGGUUAACUUUGCAGUAACACCAGUCUAUGCCCCCGAGAGACUAUGGGAAAAGAAGAAAAUGAAUAACAUCCCUUCUUCUUCAAAAUGCAGAACUCCUUUAGAAUUUUGGUUCAGAGAUCAAUUGAAGCAAGGCAAAGAAAAUCCUGUCUGAGCCACAGUUAGUGUCUGGAUUGUGUUUUUUGUUAUUUGAAGGGACAUGCAGAAAUAGGCUCGGGUAGCAUCUUUUUAAAAAAAUAUAUAACUUCUCUAUUAUCAAAUUAUCAAAGUGUGCGAAUGUUAAAUUAAAGUAGGGAAGGUUACACACUUUGCAUGGUCUGUACGCUGUUCUGGUUUUUUCAUCCCCAUUAACAUUGUUUCUAUUUAAUGUAAUAAUAUGGAACUAUGCUUUUGUUUCACAUUAACCAUGUCAUCAAAAAUCACUUGUGUACAUACAAUUACAGUUUCCUUAAAUGUCCCUUGUAUUCAGAUAUUUUUAUUAUGAGCUGGUCCAUAGUCAGACUCUGGAUGUAUUGCUUAUCAACAAGUGAAAUUGUGCAUCUUGUGUAUCAUUUCUAAAGGUUUUUCUUUAAGUAUCCUUUUAGACACGCAUUCGUAAUCGAUGUCUGCGGAAUGGAGUGACACUUCAGUAUUUAAUUAAUUCCCUGCAGAUUCCCAGUGUCCAUAGGUCUGCAAUUUUUUUUUUGCAGUGAUACAGGUUUCCUUGACCGAUUAAUAUUCGCUGGUACUUUUAAUACAAGGAAUAAAUUGCAGCAGUUCUUUCCAUGUCUUGAAGCAAAUUCCUAUUAACUAUUAACUGCUUGACAGUGGUGUUAAUAGUUGCAGUAGAUAAUUCUUUAACAGCUUUUGAAACAGUGUGGACCUGCUUCUACAACACAGAAAAAGUUGUGAAUAAAAAUUUUAUAGCUGUCUA